AUGGAUGUCAAUCCCAAUGCUCCCGCACCCAGACCGGCCAGUGCCGGUGAUAUGAAUGAACGGUCUACCUUACUCCCUAGAUUUUUAGGCUCUCAUCAGGGAGUCAUUCCAGAAGAGACAAACCUAUAUGCUUUAACACCACUCUUUUACUGGAUUCGAAGUACCUCUUUAAGCCUACUAAUUUUUACGUUAAUUGUUCAUUUGCUACUACUCAUAAAUGUCUUCAUAUCCAUUCCGAUUUUGAGUCAUUUGUCCACCGGCUUUACACCAAUUGGAUUUACCGCCUUGUCAGCACUUUUCCUGGCGAUGCAACUUACCUUUGUAUAUUCUCCUAAUGCACCUGAAAGGAUUACUCAACGCAUUAACGCUUUCCUCUUAGCCAUUGAUGUACUACUUGUUGUCAUCAGCCCUAUUCUUCGACAUAGAGAAGGUUGGAGAGGAAUCUUUUUCGUUUUUUGGGCUUUCUUAAUGAGUAUCUGGAUUAUCUACAAAGAAGAACAUCCAGAAUAUGUCGUUGGUUCCAGUGAACGUUGGACUUUGUCCCCUACUACUUGGCCUUGGAGAAGAUUUAGCAAAUUAACAAUUUCUAUGAUCUUUUCCAUUAUCCUUACUAUUCUGACCAUCCAUACCGUAUUGACCUUAGCUCUUCGUGCUUACGACGGUAAUCUUACCGCGCCCGGGAAACUUUACACGGUAACCGAUAGUAAAGCUAGAAUCCACUUGGAAUGUUUUGGAAGCACAAGUUCUCCCAACCGCUCCACUGUCCUAAUUGAAGGAGGUGAAGUGUCUGUGCACCCUUUUAAGGAAUGGAUCCUAAAUCUCCAUCAUACUGGAGACAUUCCAACCAAAAACUAUUGGAAUCAAGACAACGUCAAGGAUCAAGCUGAUCUUGAUUUUAUUCCUCCUGACACCCGUGUCUGCGUUUGGGAUCGUCCUGGUAUGGGUUGGUCUGAUAACAUUGGAUCACCCUCCUCUAUCGGCAUGGUUGAAGAUCUGCUUACGGAAGCCCUUGCGCAAGCGGACGUGCAUGGCCCUUACAUUUUAGUUGGUCAUGGUAUUGGAGGUACCUAUUCUAAUAUUUUUGCUGCUCGCCAUCUCGGAGAACUGAAAGGCAUGUUGCUGAUAGACUCCGGAUCAGUCCAUUCUUUGGAGCGAUCUGGUAGCUUCGUCAGUCGUUUUUUCUUGUUUCUUCGAGGAUGGCUUUCACCUUUGGGUAUAAAUCGUUUGCUUGGAACUAUUUUUAUGGGACGAAAUAGAAAAGAUCGUGUUUAUGGACUUUAUUCUUGGACGUCUGAUCGAUGGAUAAAAGCUAAGCUUGAAGAGUCAAUCACAGGACCAACAUUCUCAAAAUACGAAUUACAAUCUGCACAAGCUGUGCUUCCCAAGAAGUUACCAGUUAGUAUUAUUACUUCGGGAAAUACUUUGAAAAGUGUGAAGAAAUGGUCGGAAGAGCAAAGAGAAUUAAGCAAGCUUACAGACAAUACAGUUUGGGAUAUAGUUAAUGAUGCUCCACAUGAAGUCUGGAAGACAAACGAAGGCGCUAGGCUUAUACUCAAGCGUUUAGCUGAACUUUAUAAUGGAAGAUAA